AUGAACGGGGAUAGCUACGCAGCUAGAGACUCUGGACGAUCUCGGGAAUAUUACGGGGCGGCUCGCUCUGAUCGAGAGGAUCGAAAGGACCGAAAUGACCGUAGUAGCCGUGGCGACCGCGGUGACAGACGAGAGAGAGAGAGAAGAAGAUCAAGGUCGCCUCAACAUCCAUCAAGGUCGGGACGGCGCGAACAGGAACCGGAUUUGUACUCCUCAAGUCGUGACUAUCGCGCAAGGGAGCGGGAGGACAGAUAUUCAGGCCGACGAGAUGAGAGAGAAUGGGAUAGAGACCGAAGUGACAGACGGCGUGAUCAUAGGAGGGACGAAGAUGACAGAUCUUCUCGACGCGACAGAGACGUGCCAGAUGACCGGUCCCGAGGAGGUAGAGGUCGAGAUCGCGAUGCAUUUGCCGGGGGUCGGGAGCGGAAGCGAAGUGCGAGUCCACCACCAAAAAAGAGGGAACCCACUCCAGAUUUGACGGACGUUGUUCCUGUCCUUGAGCGGAAACGUCGACUGACGCAGUGGGAUAUCAAACCGCCUGGUUAUGAACAUGUAACGGCGGAACAAGCAAAGCUCUCUGGAAUGUUCCCUCUACCAGGUGCACCGCGCCAGCAGGCAGUUGAUCCCAGCCGAUUACAAGCUUUCAUUCAUCCACCUACUACUAGUACUGCUCCUGGCACAUCUACCAAUACCGUCCUAAAACCUUCGAACUCUCGCCAAGCGAAGCGACUGUUUGUUCAUAACCUCCCGUCUUCAGCCACGGAGGAGAGCUUGGUGCAGUUCUUCAACCUCCAGCUGAAUGGUCUUAACGUCAUCAAAGGGGUUGAUCCAUGCGUGACCGCGCAACUAUCCAAUGAUAAAACAUUCGCUUUAGUUGAGUUCCGAAAUGCUGCAGAUACCACUGUUGCGCUGGCUUUUGAUGGUAUUACUAUGGAAGAUAAUGAUGAAAUGGAUACAACGAAUGGAAAUUCGAAUGGGUCAAACCAAGGACUUUCAAUACGCCGACCUAAGGACUACAUACUUCCAUCUGCAGUUGAAGGAGAACCCCAUCAGGAGGGCGUUGUUUCCAACGUGGUUCCUGACUCUCCAAACAAGAUAUGUGUAUCGAAUAUUCCACCAUUUAUCGAGGAAGAGCCGGUCACUAUGCUCCUAGUUUCAUUUGGGGAACUUAAGUCGUUUGUCCUUGUGAAGGAUAGUGAGACGGGCGAGUCUAGGGGAAUUGCAUUUUGCGAGUACCGUGACCCGAUGUCGACUGACAUCGCUGUUGAAAACUUGAAUGGCAUGGAACUUGGUAACAAGAAACUUAAAGUGGUCCGUGCAAGUAUAGGAACUACACAAGCUGCUGGCCUUGACAUGGGCGUUAAUGCCAUGUCCAUGUACGCCAAAACGACAUCUCAGGACAUUGAAGCAAGUCGUGUUCUUCAAUUGCUGAACAUGGUAACUACUGAGGAGCUGAUUGACAACGAUGAUUAUGAAGAAAUAUGCGAUGACGUCCGUGAUGAAUGCUCAAAAUAUGGGGAAGUUGUGGAGCUAAAAGUACCAAGGCCAACGGGAAAUAACAAGCAAUCUGCUGGCGUUGGCAAAAUCUAUGUUAAAUUUGAUAAUAGUGAGUCAGCCACGAAAGCACUCAGGGCGCUUGCAGGAAGGAAAUUCCAAGAUCGCACCGUUGUUACUACGUACUUUUCAGAGGAAAAUUUCGAAGUCAAUGCAUGGUAA